AUGAAAAGUUUUUGCCUGAGCCCACAAACUUCCAGAAGUGAAUCAAGCAGUUCUCCUUGUUCAAUGAUUUACUCAGAAGACGGCAAGGAUGACUUCGUUGUCGAUGUCAGCGACUUCAAUGUUCCCUUUAAUUUCCAUGCGGAGCUUACUAAGCUUGACAUGGCAAGCUCAGCAAUUGAAUGGUUUGAGGGUCUAGAAUUGCCUUAUCAGACAACGCAAGAUCCCAUUAUAGCUAACAGUACAAUCUCAACGCCUAGCAGAACACAUUGCGAUAUGUUAGCUUACAAGAACAAAGACCGGGAUGUUGUUAUUAGUGCUGCUGUUGCUUUUCCCAGUCCUUCUUUGGUGGUGAAAGAUCAAUCGGUUUACAGACCUGAAGUGAUCCAAGGCUCAAGUCAAUCUCUUGCAAUAGAAACCUCGUGCCGCGAGCCUACCAUCUCCCAGGAUUACCAUGGAAGUCAGAUCCAUUCUAACAAUGUGACGUCAUUCCGUGCCCCCGAAGUUCUUUCUCACUAUACACCUCAAGAAUGGAAGGAGACAAAUUCCCCGGGUGAGGAACUCAAAGGGGGGAAAUGCACAGUCCCACAUGAUUACCACGGAAGUCAGAUUCACCCUAACAACGUGACGUCAUUCCGCACUCCCGAAGUUCUUUCACACUAUGCACUAGCUCAAGAACGGAAAGAGGCAAAAUCCCCGGAUGAGGAACUCAAACGAGGAAGACCCUCGGUCCCUGAUGAAUUCAAAGAUGAACGGUACUGGAGAAAGCGAUCAAGAAACAACAUUUCCGCGAAAAAAUCUCGAGAAGCCAAGCGAGCCAGAGAUAUCUUAAUUGCGCACAAAAUUGAUCAACUUGAAAAAGAAAAUGCGAUGUUGAAAAUGAUGCUUGCGAAGGUUAUGAUGCAACAACAACAAAAUCACCAUUUUCAAUGGCAGUAUUAA